CAGGCGCAGUGAUCGCAGUGUUUCGACGUUUGUGCUGCCGACAGCGGGAGAGACGAACUACUUUCUAGCCUUUUCUCUUUUCUUUGAGCACUUUAAACCGUCGCCUUUGCUCACACAGCCGCCAGCCGUUCAGCCGUAUCACAGUGGACUCGAUCUGUAUAAAACUCACUUUUAAUAAUGCCUCGGGGCGGUAAAAAGGGCCACAAGGGCAGAGGGAAGCAAUUCAGCAACCCAGAAGAGAUUGACCGGCAGAUGAAAGCACAGAGGGAGCUGGAGGAAAAAGGUGGUGCAGAGAAAGAAAGCUCUUCAGAGUCCGAUGAAGAGAGCAGCAGCGAUGACGAAUCUGAGAAGAAGAGAAGCGGAGUGGAGGGACUCAUAGAGAUUGAGAAUCCCAACCGUGUGUCUCAGAAGAGCAAGAAGGUGACUGAAGUGGAUGUCACUGCUCCCAGAGAGCUGUCUCGCAGGGAGAGAGAGGAGAUAGAGAAGCAGAAAUCAAAGGAACGCUACAUGAAGCUUCAUCUAGAGGGGAAGACUGACCAGGCCAAGGCCGACCUGGCCAGAUUGGCUAUCAUCAAGAAACAGAGGGAGGAAGCUGCCAAGAAGAGAGACGAACUCAGGAAAGAUAAAGAAGCUGAAGAAGCCAAAGGAAAGCGCUAGUCCCCUACCUGAAGGCUUCGACGUGCACGUCAGUCUCAGAGGGAUGGCGAGAGGUGGAGAACGGGGAGGGGACCAAUUCGAGUGCCGUCAGAUCAGGGGUACUCCUGAACUCCUGUCCCUCAUUUCAAAUCGGAGGGGCAUGGGUCUUCCAUGACGGUGUGGUCAGGACAGGAAAAACCGGUGGAUCAAAGCGAGAUGAAGAGGAAUGCAACAUUUGGGAUGCCUCUAGUUUUCUCUUAAAAUCGUUGGGAGGAGACAAUCGCAGGUUUUCCAAGUGCUUCACUGCCUCUUUACUCUUCCCCACCCACCGUGGUUUUAAUUCUAAAGCUGCUGAAGUUGUUUCCUUUCCUUUUGAUUCAUACAUCUUUAGCCAAUACAAGUUUACUUAAUGACUGGACAGAUAUUACAACGAGCGUGCAUGAGGAUUUCUUUGGUGCUUUACUUUUCUUUCCGUCUCGCCUGUUUUUGUCAAAUCAUUGGCAGAUGGAGAAAAGAACACUAUUCAGAGGAUAAACUGAUAAAUAGGAAUUAUACAAUGUAGUGUAGUAUUUGUGGAUAUCUUGCAGACAUUGGUAUAAUUGUAACGUUUUUUUUUUUUUUCCAUCAUCCAAACAUGACUUAAAUAUUCAGUUUUUUCCACCAGCUUUAUUUUGUCCCAGUGUUGGUUUUGUUUUGAGCCCCCCUUUUAUUUUAUUUUGUCAUUUACAGUUGGAAGAAUUAGCAGUCCUCAAACCACAAGACACCUAGAAAGUAGAAAAUAUUUAGCUUCUUUUGCUUUUUCACAGCUCUUUCGCCCCAAAUGUACUCUCACGCACUUAAACCAUCUUAUUGCUGUCAGUUCAAAAGUGUUUCAAAAUGUUUUGUACUCCUUUGCUCAAAGCACCAGGAAUAUUACUUGAAUUGCCUAUAAUAAGCAUUUUUAAGUUGUCAAACAUCAGUGCUGGAAAGCAUUGUCUCACGCUGCCUCAGUAACUGUGGCUUUGCCCUGUUUCUGAUGGGAUCCUCUGUGGCUCUGUUGGGAGGGAUUGUGUCUUUGUUGCCUUUUCAAAGUUUACACAGGACCAGUUCACUGUCUUUAUCCUGGAAUUAAAGUGCUACGAAGAACCUACACUUAGUUUAUUAUGUACAUUUACACAAGUGUGCAAAAUAAACUGGUAACUCAGCAUGUGCUGGGAUUUGGAAAUGCCUUGAUCAGGAAAACAGUAUUCCCUAUAAUAUGGAAGUAGCUUAAAGAGCAAACCACAAAGUGAGAAAUGUAGACGCAGCAUAAAAAUAUAUUCCUCAAGUUUUCCAUCAUGUAUUUGAAGUCAUUUUUAAAAAUAAAUUCAUUAAUAAAUAAAUAAAUGACUAUCUUGUAUUUCC